GCGCGGGGCGCGGGCGCCGGCGGCGGGCUAUGCCGGGGGCCGGGGCCCGCGUGGAGGAGGGCGGUGGUGGCGGCGAGGAAACGACGCCGGGAACUGGCUCGGAGGUCGGGGCGGUGGCGGGGCGGGAGCCCUCGCGGCUGUGCGGCUACCUGCAGAAGCUCUCGGGCAAGGGCCCGCUGCGUGGCUACCGCAGCCGCUGGUUCGUGUUUGACUCCCGCCGCUGCUACCUCUACUACUUCAAGAGCCCGCAGGACGCUCUGCCGCUCGGCCACCUGGACAUCGCUGACGCCUGCUUCAGCUACCAGGGCCGCGAUGAGGCUGCGGAGCCGGGAGCCGACCCGCCCACGCACUUCCAGGUGCACAGCGCGGGUGCAGUCACAGUGCUCAAGGCUCCUAAUCGUGAGCUCAUGACUUACUGGCUGCAAGAGCUUCAGCAGAAAAGAUGGGAAUAUUGCAACAGCCUCGACAUGGUGAAGUGGGACAACAGGCCUUCCCCGACUCCAGGGGAUUUUCCUAAGGGCCUUGUAGCCAGAGAUAACACAGAUAUAAUUUCCCAGCACCCAAAUCCUUCUGCGGAAAAAGCCAGAACUGUGCUCGCUGUGGAAGCUGCCCCUGGAGAGCUGGUGGGAGACCGAGCUGCUCGCCAGCCAGCCCCAGGGCAUCCGAAUUCCAUUAACUUUUACUCUCUGAAGCAGUGGGGUAAUGAGCUCAAAAAUUCAAUGUCCUCCUUCCGUCCUGGGAGAGGGCAAAGUGAGAGUCGCAGGACUGUGUUUUACACCAAUGAAGAGUGGGAACUUUUAGACCCACCUCCUAAGGACCUAGAGGAGUCUCUGAUACAGGAAGAAAGGAAGAAGCAGAUGCCUGAGGGGAGCAAAGGAGUCGCUAGUUCAGGAUUCCCCUUCGAGUUUGGACGGAACCCUUACAAAGGAAAGCGCCCCUUGAGAGACAUAAUUGGAUCAUAUAAAAAUCGCCUCAGCAGUGGUGAUCCUUCAGUUGAGGGAACAUCACUGGGGGGUGGAAGCUUCCCUAAGCCCGUCUCUGAGAUGCAGCUGCAGAUUCAAAGCCAGCAGGAGGAACUGGAGCAACUCAAGAAGGACCUGUCCAGUCAGAAGGAGCUCAUUCGGCUGCUCCAGCAGACAGUCCGGUCGUCCCAAUAUGACAAGUAUUUUACGAGCCACCAAAUCAGCCAGGGGGUCCCCAGGGACACACUGGAGCUUCUCCACCAAAAGGACGAGCAGAUCCUGGGCCUCAGCGGCCAGCUAGAGAGGUUCGGCCUGGAGAAGGAGAGUCUGCAGCAGGAAGUGAGGACCCUGAAGAGCAAGGUGGGCGAGCUCAACGAGCGGCUGGGGAUGCUGAUGGAGACCAUCCAGGCCAAGGACGAGGUCAUCAUCAAGCUCAGCGAGUGUGAGGGCAGCGUGUCUUCGCCCACCAUGGGGCCCUGCUCUCCUUUGGCCACCCCAGCCGGCAGAGACCAGCUGGAGCUGGACAGGCUACAAGAUAGUCUGCAAGGGUACAAGACCCAAAAUAAAUUUCUAAAUAAGGAAAUUUUGGAACUCUCUGCUCUACGAAGAAAUGCAGAAAGGAGAGAGAGGGAUCUGAUGGCAAAGUAUUCUAGCCUGGAAGCCAAGCUCUGCCAGGUAGAAAGUAAGUACUUGAUACUGCUUCAAGAAAUGAAGACACCAGUUUGCUCAGAAGAACAGGGGCCUACCAGGGAUGUCAUAGCCCAGUUGCUGGAGGAUGCUCUGCAGGUUGAGAGCCAAGAACAGCCUGAGCAGGCGUUCAUCAAGCCUCAUCUGGUCAGUGAGUUUGACAUCUACGGGUUUAGGACUGUCCCUGAUGACGAUGAGGAAGAGAAGUUGGUGGCCAAGGUCCGAGCGUUGGACCUGAAGACUCUGUACCUCACAGAGAACCAGGAAGUCUCCACUGGAGUCAAGUGGGAAAACUAUUUUGCAAGCACAAUGAACAGGGAGAUGGUGUGCUCGCCCGAGCUCAAGAACCUGAUUCGAGCAGGCAUUCCGCAUGAGCACCGCUCCAAGGUGUGGAAGUGGUGUGUUGACCGUCACACCAGGAAGUUCAAGGACAGCAUGGAGCCCGGCUACUUCCAGAGCUUGCUCCAGAAGGCACUGGAGAAACAGAAUCCCGCCUCCAAGCAGAUUGAGCUGGACCUGCUGCGGACUCUGCCAAACAACAAACAUUACUCCAGCCCCACGUCGGAGGGCAUCCAGAAGCUGCGCAGCGUCCUACUGGCCUUCUCCUGGCGAAAUCCGGAUAUUGGCUACUGCCAAGGCCUCAACAGGUUGGUGGCAGUGGCCCUCCUUUACCUGGAACAGGAAGAUGCUUUCUGGUGUCUCGUCACCAUCGUGGAAGUCUUCAUGCCUCGAGACUAUUACACAAAGACUCUACUGGGGUCCCAGGUGGACCAGCGGGUGUUCAGAGACCUCAUGAGUGAGAAGCUGCCUCGAUUGCACACCCAUUUUGAGCAGUACAAAGUGGACUACACCCUCAUCACCUUCAACUGGUUUCUGGUGGUAUUUGUGGACAGUGUUGUCAGCGACAUCCUUUUCAAAAUAUGGGACUCUUUCCUUUAUGAGGGACCAAAGGUUAUUUUCCGUUUUGCCCUGGCACUUUUUAAAUACAAGGAAGAGGAGAUCCUAAAGCUGCAAGAUUCCAUGUCCAUCUUCAAGUAUCUCCGUUACUUCACUCGGACUAUCCUUGAUGCCAGGAAGCUCAUCAGCAUCUCCUUCGGGGAUCUGAACCCCUUCCCCCUGCGCCAGAUUCGGAACCGGCGAGCCUACCACUUAGAGAAGGUCCGGCUGGAACUGACAGAGCUGGAGGCCAUCCGAGAGGAUUUCCUGCGUGAGCGGGACACUAGCCCUGACAAAGGCGAGCUGGUUAGCGAUGAGGAGGAAGACACUUGAAUGAACCCCCACCCUAGGAUGCUGCUCUUCUUGCCUUCACAACCAAAAGUAGCAAAAAGGACUCUGGGCGUGUCUCUGCUCGUUCAGCUGCCAGAAUGUAACAUCUGUGGCCUCUGGGCAUCUGCUGGGCAGAUGUCCCAAACUAAGUUGCACUUUCCCGUCUCCCAUUUGGGGGCAGGGGUCUGAUGGCUUUACAGCCAUUUCCAUGUCAUGGCAUCCAGUCACGUGCAUCACAGUCAUGCGUGCUGCCUGAUUGGUGCCUCGCCAGUUGACUGUUUCCAAGGACCUGUUUACAGCGUCUGCCAGUUGUGUGAGUGUUUGACCCUGCAAAAACUGCUAUCUCCACAUCUCCCCAUGCUCUUUUUAUUCAAGGACAGCACUGUGGAGGAAUGCAAACAGGGCUUCAGCGUGGCUGCUUCCACAGACAAGAAAAGGUCAUCAUAAGAAGAGGAACCUCUUAAAACAGCGAGGGCACUUCUUAUUCAGAAUCAACCUUCCUAGAUAGCCUGGGAGCCCUCUGCUGGUGGCUUCACACUGCCAGCCGCAGCCCCUUCUGGACACAGCCCUUCAGACUGUAGCCCUGCAGACAGCCCCCAUACUUCUCAUUGCCAGCUGUUUUGCCAAUUACUCUGUCCCAACUUGCAGGGUCUGGGGGGCUGGCACACUUCCAAGAGCCACUGUGGAAAGCUCUUGUAGCUGGGAGGUGACUUGGAGAUGCCACUCUCCAAGUGUGACUGGAUUGGGUUCCAAGUGAGCCUUGCAGUAGGCCUACCCCUGCGAGAAGUAACAUGGGGAACUUUCAGAUGUGGCAGGGCUGUGGCUUGUGGGCUCCUGGAUGGCAGUGGCCAGGGCUCUGUUAUCUCAUGCCCAGUGACUGGGUGGGGAUUGGGGCUGACUGCCAGCUCCCUAGGUCUGUGAGCACCCUGCUUGAGGAUGAGCUGAUGAGCUCUCCCCAGGAGAUCUCUUGUCUGGAUCCUUCUUGUUCUCAGCAGGGAGCUGGGGUCUCUGUGGCCUCAGGCACAGUGAAUGCUGGGGACUUGGAACACUUCCUUCUUGAAGCCCAGAGAGGGUCUGAACAAGGGAGGCUAUUUUUGCUCAAUCCUAAGCGUCCCUGAUGGGCGGCUGUCAUGAGAAAACAUUGUCUAACAGUAUUAUCGGAACACAAGGGAAGCAGCCUUAAGUGGACUAUCUUACACUACCUGGAAAAAAAUCGGAAACAAUCCUUAGCUAGUAUAAACACAGUCAGACUGAGAAUUGGAGCACGGCAGUUGUGAGAGAUCUUUUUCCAUGACUGGUCUUCCUGUUUUUACUGUCCACUUUCAAGCACUUGAAUGGCUGAGUGGUUUUUCCGCAUCUAGAUUGCGCUCAGCUUCUCUGAAGGUUGCUUCAUUUAUUACCAUAUAAAAGGAGCUGGUCUCUAUAUUUAGCCAAUAGCCUUUAUCUCUUUUCAGGUAUGGAAAAUGUCAUCAUUGUGUAUUAGGAUGGUGGUCUGAGGCCUGGCUUCCUUAGGAAACUGUCUGAACUGGACCAUGGUCUCGCUGCUGUUCUCGGGGCCUCCCUGGUACCAAAUGCUGGUGUCACCCUUGUGAAAUGAUGGCUGUCAGCCUUGGGGACAGCUGCUAAGGAGGUGCAGGAGGAUGGGGUUGGAGCCCCGUGGCUGGGCUCCCGCUGCCAUGUCAGUCCAGAUAGAUGUGUUUGGCACAAGUGCCCUUCGGGCAGGGCGCUGCUUUUGUCCUGGGCACCCAGUAGAGGAUCUUCAAAACACCUGGUGAUGCUGGGACAUGGCUAGUGUAGAAUAGUGUAGUGUAUGUGAGGCCAUUCCCUGAGGCAGCAUUACUUCCCCAGGCAGUUGGCAUCAGUGCCAGGGAAAGUCUCUAAUGGUCUCAGAGGAAAUGCACGCCAGGCUCUCCUCCCUGGGAUGAAGGACUGGUAUGUGAGAAGGCAUUGUGGCCCUCAUUCCAGUGAGGGGACAGAUGGCACAGCUCCUCCCAGUGGCAGACCUCCAGUGAGUUGAGUCAUCACCUCCCACUCCCUCAUCGCUGAGACCUGUCUUUGCCCUCCAGUGCCCCUGAGGUUCCAGACUUCAGACCCGCCAGCACGGCAGGCAGGUACCACUGACGUCGGGGGCUGCCUCAUGCUGCUGCUCACCUGAAUGUUUACCCAGCAUGCAGCCCGUGCUCCUGCCUGGUGAGCCUGGUGGGCUGAGACACCCGAAGCAUAGACUAGAGCACGCGGGGGGAGCACCCUGCCGUCAGUGCCCCAACUGGUGGGACUUAACCAAUACUUCAACUGUUAAUACUUUUAUAUUUUCACUACAUUUUAUAUUUUUAUAGACUAUUUUAUUAAGGGUUUUCCAGAUGCUGUACGACUUUUAUAUAGCAAGUUCUAUUUUGUGCGCACAACUCCCCUGUAUGUAUUUAUAUCAGCCCGAGCCUCCCAAGCUGCAGUCCCUGCCACCCCACCUUCACCCUAAGCUUGGCCACCACUCACUUCUGCUCACCCUCUAGUGCUACUUCCAGCCGUGCUGACAGCUGUUUACUUCUCCGAUGUUCGCCAUGUUAUGUUGAUACAGGAAGUACUCGAGGCGGGACCCAGCCAGGUUUUGUUAUCUGUGUCGCGGCACACGCCCCUCUCACCCUGUACAGUGCUGUCUUCCUGAUCCACCCGCCUCUGGGUGGGCCUGUUCAGGGAAGUCCUUGAAGACCGAGGCUGGAUGCUCGCCCAGUGUCCGACUGGAGGACUUGAGGGCACACCACCAAGUGACUGUCCUUUUGUGUCACGGCAGCUUUUGUGUUGAUCUUUGAGUUAAAUGUUAGACUCACAAAGGGAGAAAUAAACUAAUUUGUAUUACA